UCAAGCCGAUCGGUCGAAAAUUGUUAGGAAACGGAUUAUACUAUUGGAUAGCGGAUAUUGCCAAAGGAUUAAUCAUGCUGACCUGGACCCUGUGGUGUGGAUUGCUGUUCCUGCUCUGGUUCUACUUUCUGUGGAGCAGGCGCAGAUUCUAUAUGCUCACCCUGAAGAUACCGGGUCCACUUGGAUAUCCCAUUCUGGGCAUGGCUCACUGGCUGAUGCGCAGGGAAGAUAUCCUGAAUGCAUUCGGCUGCUUUCUGGACAAGCACGGUCCGACGAUCUUCUCCUGGCUGGGGCCCAUUCCCUUCAUGAUUGUCAGUGAUCCCCAAGUGGUGCAGGAUAUCUUCACAUCGCCCCACUGCGUCAACAAGGGUAUUAUCUACAAGGCAGUGGACGAUGGAGCCGGAGUUGGAUUAUUCAGCAUGAAGGAUCCCCGGUGGAGCAUCCAUCGGAAGCUGCUGAAUCCCGCCUUUGGCCACAAGGUCCUACUCAGCUUCCUGCCCAUUUUCAACCGAGAGACGGCCCUUCUGCUGGACCAGCUCGAACCAUUGCAGGACGACGGAGAGAAGGAUCUCAUUCCAUUGCUGCAAAGUUUCACCCUGGGAAUAGCCACCCAAACCACCAUGGGCAGCGACGUGAAGGACGAGGAGAACUUCAGGAGCAAUUCCUUGCUGGGGCGAUAUCAAUGCAUCCUGGAAACCAUGACAGAUAUGUGCUUCUCCCCGUGGCUCAAUAGCCGUAUUUGUCGUCAGCUGGCUGGAAAGGAAUCGCACUACUACCAGGCCAAAACUGAGAUUCGGCAGUUCAUCCGGAAGAUAAUUGAAAGGAAGUUGGCAGAGGACGAGAUGGGAACAUUACCCGCCAUCCAAUCCAAUGAUAAGAAUAUAUUUCUAAACCUGGCCACGGAUUUGAUGCGACGAGGAGUGUUCACCCUGAAAAAUGUUGAGGAUGAGUCAAACAUAAUCGUGUUUGGAGCUUUUGAGACCACCGCUAAUGCAGUGUACUACACCCUGAUGUUGCUGGCCAUGUUUCCCGAUUAUCAGGAGAGGGCCUUUGAGGAAAUAAAAACGAUAUUCCCCAACACCGGAGACUUUGAUGUGUCCUACGCUGACACACAGCAGAUGGUGUACCUGGAUCUGAUCCUCAACGAAUCAAUGCGAGUGAUACCCCCCGUACCAGUUGUAUCCCGCCAAACGUCGCAGGACCUGAAGCUGUCCAAUGGAAUAGUGGUUCCCAAAGGGGUCCAGAUCGCCAUCGACAUAUAUCACAUGCACAGAAGCAAAAAGAUCUGGGGCCCAGAUGCGGAAACCUUCAACCCAGAUCAUUUUCUGCCCCACAAUAUCCAGGACAAGCAUCCGUACGCGUACAUACCUUUUACCAAGGGAAUUAGAAAUUGCAUAGGUUGGAGAUAUGCUUUGAUAUCGGCUAAAGUUACGUUAGCCAAGUUAUUGAGGAAUUAUAGGUUUAGAACGAGUUUUCCGUUCGAAGAUCUUUACUUCGUUGAGGAUAUAACCAUGAAGUUAAAAUCUGUGCCGCUGUUGGAGCUCCAAAAGAGAAUUUAAAUGUUUAUAGAACUAAGUGAUUUUAAAU